AUGCAAUUAGGAUAUAAUGAAAUAAUGAUUGUCUCGAAGUAUUUUAAAGAUAUUAAAGAUUUUAUUAAUUUAGAAAUUGGAAUUAAAAGAUUUCAAGGAAAUAUGGAACGAUUUCAUUUUAAUCCAAUUCCAUUGAAUCAAUAUUCAAGAAGAUUGUUUCCUAAUAUUGAAACAUUUCAUAUUUAUAAUAACUAUGAUGAAAUAUUUGAAGAUGGAAGAAUAUUUAAACAAAUAAUAUGGUAUAAAGUAGAAUAUUCAAGAUAUUUAAAAGAGAAAAAUGAAAUGAAUGAAUGUAAAAAUAUCGAAUAUACAAAAGAAGAUAGAGAAGAAUAUGGAAAUACAAUACCAAUAGAAGUCAAUUCACUUGGAAAUGAAUGUUUUUAUGGAUGUGAUGAUAUUCAAUCAAUUAAUAUACCAAUAAAUGUUAGUAAAAUAGGAGAUGAAUGUUUUAUAGGGUGUACAUCAUUAACAUCAAUUGAAAUACCAACAAGUGUAACUAAAAUAGGAAAUGAAUGUUUUUAUGACUGUUCAACAUUAACAACAAUUACUAUACCAACAAAUGUUAGUAAAAUAGGAGAUAGAUGUUUUUCCAGAUGUUCAUCAUUAGUAUCGAUUACUAUACCAACAAAUGUUAGUGAAAUAGGAGAUUGGUGUUUUUGUGAAUGUUCAACAUUAACAACAAUUACUAUACCAACAAAUGUUAGUGAAAUAGGAAAUUGGUGUUUUUGUGAAUGUUCAACAUUAAAAUCAAUUAAUAUACCAACAAGUGUUAGUAAAAUAGGAGAUGGAUGUUUUUAUGAAUGUACAUCAUUAACAUCAAUGAAUAUACCAUCAUCAAUUACAUCAUUUGGAUGUGGGUGUUUUUAUCAUUGUGGAUGUGAAAAAGAAUUAAAGGAGAAUAAAACAAUACCAGAAUAUUGCUUUUGA